GAGAUCUUAUUGUACCGUUAGAAGUACGCGCACUACUCACCCGCUGUACCACGAGAUGGUUGUAGUGCAUUUAACCGCUGUUCUGAUAGCUAAAGUUGCACGGGAAGUGAUUUUGCAGUGGAGCUCUUGUAGAAAGCUUCCAGCGUGUUUUUGUUGAUGUAGAGGGAGCUGUCUGUCCACCGCUCUCCUCAGGGGAAUUACUAACUUUAUCACUUUUUCACCAAAUAAAUCACGCUCAUGCAAUCUGUUGAAGAACAGCUUUACACUUUGGCUAAUUUACACAUGUAACAUUUGCUGUUGUUAGACCUUAUUUGUGGAUUUUGAUGGUCAAUAUGUGAUGCGGUCGCUUGUACUUGUAGAUUGCUAGAAAGCUCCAUCGCUUUUACGUGCGGACGCGAGGACUGUUGACGGGCUGUCAAUCAAGCGGGAGAAAGUGCACGAAUACCGUUGCUCAGAUUAUGCCGCCGAAAAUCCAACAUUUCAGUUCGUCGCACAUUUUAGUUUGUGUUAUAUCCAAAUGGUGAUGAGCCUGCGGGUGUCGGAGUUGCAGGUUCUUUUGGGUUACGCUGGUAGAAACAAACAUGGCCGGAAACACGAGCUCUUGACCAAAGCCUUAUAUCUUCUGAAAGCCGGCUGCAGCCCCGCCGUCCAGAUGAAGAUCAAGGAGCUAUACAGACGACGCUUCCCAACCAAGCUGGUGUCUCCAGCCGAGCUGUCCCUGCCCGGUGUCCACCCCGCUGCUGCCUCCCUUCCCCCCGGACUCACUCAGCUGGGGUUUGACGGGCACGGAGCACCCCCGUCCCCUCUGCUACCUAUCUCCCUUCUCGGGCCCAAACACGAGCUGGGUCUGCCCCACCUUCCUACCAAUCUGCAUCCUGUACAUCCUGACGUCAAACUACAGCGCCUUCCCUUUUAUGAUGUACUGGAUGAGCUCAUUAAACCGACAAGUCUUGCUUCAGAUAACAGCCAGAGGUUUCAGGAAACGUGUUUUGCCUUUGCGUUGACGCCACAGCAAGUCCAACAAGUCAGCAGCUCAAUGGACAUAUCGGGGACCAAAUGUGACUUUACAGUGCAAGUACAGUUACGGUUUUGUUUAUCAGAGACAAGCUGCCCUCAGGAGGACCACUUUCCCCCAAAUCUUUGUGUUAAAGUUAAUGGAAAACCCUGUAAUCUCCCAGGAUAUCUCCCUCCUACCAAAAAUGGUGUGGAACCAAAGAGGCCCAGCAGACCCAUUAAUAUUACCUCACUGAUCAGGCUGUCCACAACAGUCCCCAACACAAUUGUAGUGUCGUGGACCUCAGAAAUUGGACGGAGUUACUCUAUGGCGGUGUACCUGGUCAAACAGCUGUCAUCUACAGUUCUGCUGCAGAGGCUACGAGCCAAAGGAAUCAGAAACCCAGAUCACUCCAGAGCACUCAUAAAGGAAAAGCUAACAGCAGACCCUGACAGUGAAAUUGCGACCACCAGUCUAAGAGUGUCAUUAUUAUGUCCGCUGGGAAAGAUGCGGCUGAUGAUUCCGUGCCGAGCGUUGACGUGUUCACACCUGCAGUGUUUCGAUGGUACGCUCUACAUCCAGAUGAAUGAAAAGAAACCCACGUGGGUUUGUCCUGUUUGUGACAAAAAAGCACCCUAUGAACACCUCAUCAUUGAUGGGUUAUUUAUGGAGAUAUUGAACAGCUGUCUAGAUUGUGAUGAAAUCCAGUUUAAGGAAGAUGGCAACUGGGCCCCCAUGAGGUCGAAAAAGGAAGUGCAGGAAGUAUCUGCUUCAUACAAUGGCAUGGAUGGAGGCUGUCACACAGCGGUACCAGAGCAGAACUCGCAAACAAACGGCAACAAUGGAGGCAGCAACAAAAAAGUGGAAGUGAUCGAUUUGACUCUUGACAGCUCAUCUGAAGAUGAGGAAGAUGAAGAACCCCCUCUGAAGAGAAGCUGUCCUUCACUCUCCAGCAUCUCUCCUCAGAUCGAUAAAGGAGUCCUGAAUCUCCAUUCACAAGCAUCUCCUGUGAGUCGAACUCCCAGCAUGCCACAAGUGGACACCAAUUACAUUCCCCCACCUCCCCCUCUAAUUCAGGACUACCGCCACUACUACUCCACGCCCACUGACCUGUCAGAUCUCAACUUUUUUCCUUUUUUACAAGGGGAUAAUCAUCAGCAUUACAACAUGGUGAUGGCAGCGGCUGCGUCAGCUUCUGAAGAUCAUGACCUCCUCUUGAGUCGUUUUCUCCCGUAUGGCUCAUCUCAGCUUUUCCUGGACCCACCCUCCACUCCCGUAAGCAACACCCUCCCUCCUAUCAACGGCGGUAGUACCGGCAGCCUGGUCUCUUCCAACAGCCUGCGGGACAGCCUGGGACACCCACAAGCCCCCCGCCCCGCCUCAGAAUCAGGUCCUACAUCUGCUAUUUAUGGCUCCAUAUCAGACGUCAUCUCGUUAGACUGACCUGGGACCAGAUCCUCACAUGAGAACUAGACUGAAGAGACUUCCAAACAUUGGGAUAAAAAACAGGACAUACAGGAUGACUGAAGGGUGUUUUUGUAAACGAUGAUAAUCGUUGCUGUGUACAGAGAACAAAUAUAUUUUUUGUUUCACUUUUGUAUAUAACUAUCUAUCUAGCCAUCUAAUGUAUAUGUAAACUUGAAAGAGUUUUUUUUUUUCGGCUUGCUGAGUUAGUUUGAGUUUUAUCUCUUUUGAAAACUGAAGAUAUUUUUCCUUCACAGCUCCGUUUUAACAUACGGUGAAAACUUUUUAAUAUCCCCAUCUGUAUUCCAUACUACGUCUGAUUCCACAGGGCACAAUAAUGGCUGUAUUUGGACUGCCUCCCAACAAAACUUGACUUGACAGUCCGCGCCACAGUGAACCGUCAUUGCUGUGUGUUUCCUUCAAACAAGCAGGAUUAUCUUGUUUAGUGUUUUACGUGAGGCAUUAAGAAACAUUCCUUCACCUUCGUUCUACCAACUGGAAGUAAAUGCAUUGUUACGGAUUGCCAAUAUCUGACCUCAUUAUUCUUAUGCGAAAUAUAAUUCGUGACAUUUUAAACUACAUUUGCAUCCGCUUUGUUCAUAUUUUUCUUGCUCGAUGCCAAAAGAACACUGUUUAGUGUUGAAGUUUCAAGAGUGAGAGCUUGUGAGUUCAGUGAACUUAAUCAUACACCGUGUAUGGAAAGUAAGGAUUUACUCUUUCCUCUGCUGCCGGCUACCAUGUUUGAUUGUUCUUUCUUUCUAUCUAUCCUUUCCUCUCUACCUUACUUCCUUCGCUACACCUUACUUCCAUGUUUCAGAAGGAAUGCAUUUUUGGGAGAUUUAGCAGUGGCGCAGAUGUUAAGGUGUGAGCAUAUAUUUGCUCAUUGAGGUUUGUUAGACCUCAAACAGUGACUGAGUCUUUAAUUGUCUGUUGAGUCAUUUGUUUUUGGUACUGUUGGUAUUGUACAAGAGCAAGAGGUCCUAUGGCCACUCUUCAUUUCUUCUGCUGUUGUGUCACGUGUGCCUUGUUUGUGAGUGUGAUUUGUGUGUGAAAGACUGAGCCUGUUAUGUCUUGUGCUUAGCCUAUAGACGGUUUCAUCGGACCUACGUGCGUUGUCGCAGUUACGCGUCUGGACUGAACUUAACUUCCGGUGUCUGUUUGUUUAACGGUCUGGCUAGUGGCUAAACUGAACUUUGGAACAAAUACCUCAAAGAAAAUAACAAAUAUUUUGGUUUACUAAAUGCGUGGGGAGACGGCGAUCAUGGAUCACCGCUAUGUGAUGGGAGCCGUUCUGUAAGAUUGUAUACGUAAUACAGGGUUCCCACGGGUCCUUGAAAUCCUUGAAAGUUUGUUAAUCUGGGGGGAAAAUUCAAGGCCCUGGGAAGUUUUUGAAAAUAUACAUACAUAGAUACAGGUCAUUGAAAGUGCUUGAAUCUAUUUUAUGCAAGAAAAAAAUCCAUAUUAUUCCCUGUGUAUUGUACGAUAAUAUCAUAAAAUUCUAGACUUUUUAAGCACACGUGCUAAACUGUUCUCUUUAAAUGCUUAUAUCUUCUGUAUGCGAAUGUUGAUUCAUACCAAAAUUUUGCAUAAUUGUGUUUGACAAAACGUCUCGGGUUACGUAUGUAACUGUUGUUCCCUGAGAAGGGAACGAGACGCUGCGUCUCCCUUGCCAUACUUCCUGCUUCCCUGUAACGCUUUCUUUGGCAAUAUUUCAGAUAGCGAUAUACUUCCUGGCUCCCACGUCACCCUGUCUUUGUUGUUAAGCCUCACCAUUGGUUGAAUUUGAUAUACACAUUCAGACGCACUUACCCCUGGAGGCGUCCCCAAAGUGUCACCGCAGUGAUGCAGCGCGAGUUCCCUCGAAAGGGAACUGUAACAAUGUAUCUUAAAAGGUAACACAAUGUAACCUUGCUCUCACUUGAAAUGUGUCCCCACAUUUAGUCCUUGAAUUUGAAAGUUUUGGAACUGGAAAGUCCUUGAAAGGUCCUUGAAUUUGAAGUUAACUAAGGUGUGGGAACCCUGGUAAUAUAGUACACAUUUUAACAGUAACGUUAGCUCAGUGUAGUUUUUGAUACGCUUUAGCUAUGAUUUAGAAUACUGCUGUUUGUUUAUUUUACUUGUUUUCAGAAAUAAACGACUUUAAAAGGACUCUAUAGUUAUUGAUCCUUUGCAGAGUUUACCGAAAGUUACGUUUGUUCCACGAAAGCCGUUUGUUUAUGUUGUUACUUCUGAAACCGUCUAUAGUAGGCUGAAGCUCAUGGCACCCAUUUGAAGCUCUUUCCCCCUUCUACAAAUUCAGUGUUUGUAAACAACAAUUUGAUUGAGUAGCUAAGGUUUGAUAUGUCCUUUCAUGUGCUGCUAGGAGUUAAUAGAGGAAGUUUGUCGCUUUUUAAGUUCAAAAAGUAUUCGAAACAUUUAGUUAGGAAACCUAUGUUGUAAAAAGAAGUAAUGUGUUGGAGAGAUGCUCUGUUUGAAGAAAGCAUCUAAAGUUUUUUUUAAUUUCUGCUUAUAUGAAACAGGCUGACUGCGUGUGUGUGUGUGUGUGCGCGUGUGUGUGUUUAGCACUAAGCCUUUGCUGCUGUGGCACUCCCGAGGUCCAUGUGCUGACCAGACAUCCUCUACGAGUGUAUUAAGGUUUGUAAAUGGGGUAAUUGCGUGUGACAAACUUUAGCUAUCACGCUUAGCGUUGUUUGAUGGGCUAAGUCUCGAUAAGUCUUUAAGUCUCACUCUAUUUUCAUUUCUCUCUAAACCUCUUAUCAAUUCAUAUUUUCCCCCUGAAAGUGUUAGAUAUGCUUAGUGUGUCUAUCAGUUGAUUGUGUCUUGCAUAGUUGAUUGGUUGGAAAUGUAAUUGGUCAAGUAAUGAACAAGAUAGCAGCCAUGGAGACAAACAAAUGGAUGCUGUUAUUGCGUAAUCUUGAAUACCAAAUAUGCUAUUAUUAUUCAAUCUCUAGCAGUGUUAAUGGUUGACUCUUUACAUUUUAACAAGUAAAUGUUGAAAUGUACAGUUCUCGUCUUUUAUUGUUUCGAUUUGACAUUAUGUAAAUGACAAGGUUUGUUAACGAGAUUAAACAAUCUGGGUUUAAUGACACAAGCAGAACAUAAUGACAGUUUUCAUCAGUUUUGGUAAUGGUGAUUAAAGGGAGUGUGUGUGCGCGUGUGUGAGUGUAUGUGUAUGAAUGAGUGUUUUUUGUUACGAUACAAGGCAAAAAUUGUACAGCCUUGGAUGUUCCAGUGAUGUGCAUUUAUGUGUUCAAGUGGAAUCCGCAACAUUACAACAAAAUAAUUUAUAUAUUUUAGAUGCUGUGCUACGAGUGGACUUGGUGUCAAGGUCCAAAUUUAUUUUAUUUUCCAUUUCAGUAAGCUGACAUCUAUGCUCACUGCCUUAAACUUCAUCCACUCUGUGUCUGUGGCAUGUUUUAGAGAGAAGAAAAAAAAGAUUUUUAAGAUGUGGAAGACAUAUUGUACACUAGACCAAUGUCAGUUUGUAUAAAGUACUAAGUGAAAAAAAUAUUUAUUACAUGCAUUGAAAGAAAUUGUUUACCUAUUGAAUGUUACAUGUUUAUGUAGACAUUUAGAUGUAAUAAAAUGCAUUGAGCUAA